GUGAAAAUAUGUCACCGUCCGUUUGAAGUUGAUAUUCCAAAACACCCUAGUUUUGACAUUAAAAUCCCCAAGUUUUUUGUCCUCGCUUUUGUAUAAAUCGGUAAAAAGGACGAUCAGAUAAUUUUUCCCCUACAAGGCAUGUCGUCCGUCUCUUUUCCAAAAGUUUUUCAAAAUUCAAAGAGAGAGACGAAACAUUGAAGAUAAUGCAGUAAAUUGGGGUUAAAGCCGAAUGAAUUGGGAAAAAUCGAGUGGAAAUCGGGAAAUCGUGAGCUUCGUUGGGUGGUCGAUUAAAAAUUUAAGCCAACAACCACGUUUGUUUGUUAUGAUUAUCAGUUUCAAAUGGAAAACAGCGUUCAUUGAACUUGACAUGUCUAUAGAUUUUCUGUUUCUUUUCCCAGGCUUGUGAAAAAUCUCAAGUUUAUAAAAAUAAAUAUGAAAGGCUUAAUUACGGUGGCUUUACUCUGCAAAGUAUAAAUUUUGACCCCGUUUUGAGUUUGCGUUUGUGUGUGUAUUCGGUGCCGUUAGUUGCUUAAAAAGCCAGUUGUUUGUGUAAAGUCGUAGUGUUUACAAGUGGCCAACGAAUGUUGCCGAAUAAACUGAAAAGCGUUUUCAAAAUAUGGAGGUUUUCAAGGUAGAUUUUUUUCAAGACGAGAUGUAUUGAUUUGACUUGAAGGCUUGGCCGGCGAAUAAACGGACUGCUUCAGCUCCUAUGUUGUCGCUCUCUGAAUCAUAAAAAGUCGAGACUUAAUUUUCAUGGAAAUUUUCCAAAUGACUGAUUAUUUACAUAUGCAUCUCCAAAUUUUGAGAAAGUCGCCAAUCUUUUGCUGCGUAAAUAGUGUCCGUGGGCCAGUUCCACUCAAUUAGUGUUGGGAGUUUUGUGAGGCUCUAAACGGAAAGAAUCGGGUUAGGAAAAUUGAGCUGAAUUGAAAAAGCCAAAACACUAUUGAUUAUUUUUUUAUACGUUUUCAAGUUCGCGAAACCGCUGACUCACCAGGAUUUCUAACUACAAAUGUGAUCAGUGCGGGUUUCCACUGAAAUUGUGCAACAAAGAAACACAGCAGUCAAAAUGCUUCCCCAACAAUAUUGCCUCAGAUGGAGGUACCAUCAUUCGAACCUGCAGACAAUGUUCUCUCAACUCCUUGAUAGGGAGGCCUUUUGUGAUGUGACUCUAGCCUGUGAAGGUAGAACAAUAAAGGCCCACAAAAUAGUGCUCUCUGCUUGCAGCACCUACUUUGAAAGCAUCCUUUCCCAAUAUGAAGAAAAAGAUCCCAUACUUAUAAUGAAGGAUGUUAAGUAUAUUGACAUUAAAUGCCUUGUGGAGUUUAUGUACAAAGGAGAAAUCAACGUUGAACAUAAUCACUUAGCUACAUUGCUGAAAACAGCCGAAGAACUACGAAUAAAAGGUUUGGCUGAAGUGUCAUGGAAAGACGACGAACCAACUGGAUCUGGCGAUGGAAAUUCCAAUGGGAUACACACGGCCAUUCCACAAGUUACUACUGUAAUGAACAGCCCCAAUUCGCAAUCGCCGCCCUCAAAUAACAUUCCCCACAAGAAGAAGCGUGGACGACCUCCCAUAGAUGAUUACGAUUCCCAUUUUACUGCUCCAAAAAUCACACGUGUAUCUGGAAACGUUAGUGCUGUGGACGAUACGUAUUCAAACGAUGCAUUGUCCAGUAGUGAACACGAUUUGCAGAUCUGGGAAGAAGAUCCGGCCAAUAAUACCGACAACGAGGAAUCAUUAUUGAAAAUUAAAAAGGAAACGGAUGACGAUGACGAGCAAAGCAACACAUCUUUCACCAAUGAGAAAUGCACCAGCAGUAGCAACACAACAAAAUCAACUGGAAACGUUACAACAUCCGCCCUACAAUCAUUUUUAACUCCUGCCAUAGAAAAAGAAUGGCCGGACGUUAUUAAAAUGAACGAAUAUUUGAAUACUGGUCGGCGUCAGCAAUUCUGGGAGGAACCGUUCACCAAAAGGGUGAUGGACGCAAUUAAAACGAAAAAUCUGGAAAUGAAAGUUGCUGCGGAAUUGCUUGGGGUAUCGUAUGGAACGCUCUAUGGCAGGUACAGAGAUUCUUAUGGGUGCUUAAAACAUCCCUAUAGUUUUCACCCACUAUUUAAUAGAAGAGUACGAGAUUUUUGGACUGAACAAGGACCAACCGACAUUCUGCUCAAGUUGAAGCGCAAAGAAAUUACUUUGUUUCGGGCCGCUGAGCAACUCAAUGUCACUCCACAAACUCUCUCCAACUAUCUGAUCUCCAUAUCCCAAUUGGAUACGCAUGAAAGUAAUUCCAGUACAUAUCGUAUGAAGGAAGGGUCCUACGAAGAGGGCACAUCUGAUGACGAAGCUGAUUCCAUUCUACCUGACAUUCCCUCAAAUAGCAACGUAUUUCAAAAGUUGGUUAGUGCAUCGGAGCGUUCCGGAAAUAAUUCCGUACUAGCUAACCAUCCGGAUAUAACUCUUAUCAAAAAGGAAAAAACCGAUGGUCCAGUAAAUAAUAAUUCAGAUCAUUCCGAAUCGGGCAGUGAUAAGUAAGAAACAAAUUCCUCACCUGAAUCUAAAUGCAUUUCACACAUAAACCUAAAUUGAUACUGUCAAUUUAGCUGAACUUUUGUGCAAAAAUUUUCAUUGAUACGAUGAUAUGUGUGAUCAGUCAUUUUCCAUAGAUGUAUUAUAUAUUAUAUUUCAGUUUUAAGUAUUUUAUACAGACCAAAGUAAUUUAGUACUAUCGUCUCCUUAGGUGGUAAGAUAAGAUUUGUGUUUUUGGUUUAGUGAAAGGUAAAUCGUACCGUAAAACCUGAGCAGGAAUCAAAUUCUUGAAAUGGUUUUUAGUUUCAACAUUUUUUUCAAGUCUGAUAUAUCUUUUACUAUUCCCAGGCAACACCCUAUAAACUAUUUAGUAUUUGUGUUAGAUAACUGGGCUUAGAGGCGUAAGACCUGUAGUGUAAAUACGAGAAAAAAUGUGAUUUUAUAUUUGCGCUUUAAAUCAACUGUAUUAUUAUAUUUAUUUUUAUAUUCUAUCAGUAUGUUUGCAAAUACUUUAAUUUAAAUUCAUUUAUAUUUUCUUGUAGACAAUUUCUUAUAAUUGUGGUAGUGAAAUUCUAUUUAAUUACUUUGCAAAGCCAGUUUUUCUUUGUGAAUAUUGAAUAUUUGCUCUUCCGCAAUUAAGUUUAACACAUUUUUAGUUUUAUUUUAUGUUUAUUACAAAAUUAUAAUUAGAUGCAUUUAACGUAGGAGUUUAUACUAGAGGUUUUAAGGUGCUGGUACAUAACAAAUUUUUAUAUUAAUCAAUUCGAAUAUAUACCUACAACUUUUUGUCGACCGGACAUUUUAGUCCUGUUUAAUGUAAAGUAAAGUCGAGGAAAAUGAAAUAUGUAACGUAGACGAUGGGCAUAUUAAUUUAUAGUGCAGUUCCAAUUUGCUGCCAUUUGGAAAGAAUUAUGUGAGCGUUCUAACAGAGUAACUAAAUAUUUAAUAAAAAUAAUUUAGAAUGAACAAAACUUUGAACUAAUUAGCCUCUACUAUAACUUCCUGUGAGGGAUGCUUUGAAUUACCACUCACAUUUUUGUGGAUUCACACGAAUGUGAGUGUUGUCGCAUGGCUUCAAUAUUUUUGGAAAAAUCAAGCCGAAAUAAUGUUAGGCUUGAUUUUCGCCUCGCCGAAAAUAGUAAUAAAAUAUCAAUUUUGUAGUCCUAUUAUAAGUUUAUUAAUUUACAAAAGGACUAGAUAUGUAUAAAGUGAAAGCAACUUAUUUAAGACCUUACUUUUUAUAGACGUUAACUGGCAAAAGUUUUAUUUAGAAUUCUAGUUCAAAAUAGCGAUUUACAAAAAUCAAAUUUGUCCACGAGAGACUGAGUUUUCACAAAGAUUAUUUAUUAGUUACUAAAUUUGUUUGUUUCGUAGUCAUAUAUGUAUUUUUUUAUGAUUAUUGUUUAAGUGCUUCUGUUUUGUUACUACGACGUUGUGUGUGAAGAUGAAUAAUAAUAAUCGUCAAUGAACAAAAAUACUUACUAACAACUGCUUGCAAAAGGUGCAUAAGUACAUAUAUUUUGGAAAAAAUAUCUUAAUAUUCCUUUUUUAAGAAAGCUCAAGGUUAAACUGAUUUCAGGCCGAUUUCAAUAAUGCCAGAUUAAAAUAUGUUGCAACCCUCUUACAUUACAACUUUUUUAAAAACGAACUUCGUCCCUUGUACCUGAUUUAUCUCUCUAGUAUUUGUAGUAUUUAGUUAUCAAGAUUUUAACUGUCACGGUAUAUCAACGACAAGUUAUUGAUUUAUAUUGCUAACUCAUAAAAAGUAUCAUUAGUGAAUAUUUGAAGCAUGCAACUAUUUUUGAACUAUCAACAAAAACGAGCAUGGUUUUCAAUCAGUAUAUCGAGUUAUUGACGAUUAUUCAAGUGAAUGUUUGAAAAAAUAGGGCAGAGUGAUAGCUACCAAAAUGUAUAUAACGCAAUAUUUUAUCAAUACUAUAAUGGUAAAUAGACCAGAACUUUGCGAUUCAUGUGCGCACUGUAUUAGUAAGCAGAUUUUCAAAAUUAAUUUUUGUGGUCAUAUGAUCAAAUUUUCUGGCUUGAUUGGGAGAUUUUGUUUCAGCUUUAUGCCAAUUAAUAAUGUAACCAACUGGUUAUAUGUAUUUUGUUAAACCACCAUUUUUGGGGUAUCGGUUAAAAUUGUAAGUGAUUAAUCUCAUUGUAGUCGUAAUCGAGUGUUCAUGAAUACCAAAGCAUUACAGUAUUAUACGUUUCAAUCGGUUAAUAAGGAAAUCUGCUGAUAUUCAAUUUACAGGAUGUUCCAGAGUUAAGUAGAUAUCUUUUAGGCAACAAGAAAUUUUUGAAAAAAAAAAUUCUAUAGUUGAAAACAACUUCGGAGUCAAUAUGAAACUUUCUCAUUCAAUUAAAAAAACUAUUAAAUUAUUUUUUCUUGGGAAUUAUAAAAUUUUAGGAACUAGUUGCCUAAAAUAACUACUCUGCACGUGUUUUGAAAGGUUCUAAAAGUUCUGGUCAAUAUUAGAAUAGCAUUAGAACAUAUCACAUAGUCUUGUACAGGAAUACAGAACUGCGUCUCAAAAUUUAUUCAGGUAACUUAAAUAUGACUACAUUACAGUUGUAAACGACCGCAUGCCUAUAAUUGUAUAUAAUCUUAUUAUUGAUUUGACUGUGUUAUAAAAAAUAUAUUUAAUGAUAAUAAAGCUAGUCUGGCCUGCGCUCAUAAAACUUUACUUCAAGUAAACGAAAAAGUUUAGUCUAAACUGAAACAUUCCUUAAACUACUCUAGUGUAUAGCUGUUUACUUUCAGUCAUUAUUACAAAUUAUUUAUUUCGAUAAUAAAAUGUUAUCUUGUCUAAGUUAUCUGAAUAAAAUCGCAAUCCUACAUCUAGUGCUUUAAUAUUGUAGUUAUAAAACGAAUGUCUGUAAAUUUUAAGAUGGUGAGUAUUAACUCCACAUACAUAAUUGGACAAAAGUAAUUAUAUGUAGAUAUAAAAUAAUAUUUCUAGAUGCUUUCUAAUGUCUAAGUUGAGUGGUCUCUUGAUAUAAGGAUGAUGCACAUUUCCAACAAAUCCCGUUUCUCCAGUUAUGAGGCUUACAAACUGAUGUAAAUAAUUGGAUUACUUGAAACGCCCACGUAAUGACGAUAAUGAGAUUGGGAUAACGAGUGCAUAUCGCAAUAUAUUUUCUUCACUUUCAGUAUUUGUAAUUUGUGUGUAUUAUUAUUCCUUUGGUUUAAAUGUAGUAACGCUGUAGGUAGAUUCCUUAAUUAGACAUAUAUGUUUAGCCUAGAUGAACUAGAGUUUCGUCAUGUAAGGACUUGUCAUAUACAUAUAUAUUUGUAUUAAAUUUGAUCACAAAUUCGUGAACAUUCUGUAAUCUCUGAAUGUUUCAUUAUAUCAUAUUAAAUACUGUAUACCGUUUGACGUUAUUUAAAUUUUUUUAAACCAGCAAAAAAGUAAGUAAAGUGCAUGCGAGUCCCAAAGAUAUACUGAAACAUUUCAAUCUGUGACACCCGUAUGAUUAUCAAUUUGUUGAGUGCCUAUUUCAUAAGUUUAAAAUAGAAGUUCUAUUUGUAUAGUAACUAAGUUUGAUGAUCUGCCGCAUAUGAUUUUCGUUUCAACGUGUAAAAUUACUCAUUUUCAUAUGUUUUGUAUUAAUGCCCAAACACUUGUUUUUACAUUUGAACGGUAUUCUUAGAAUCUCUGAACUAAAUUUGUUGCUACCUCAAACGAACUAGACAUUCUUACUUAAUAAUCGCAAUAUUUUUUUAUUUUUAAAUCCAUUCAUGUAUUUUUACUUUCUUCUAAGUCGUAGAGAUAAAUACGUAACUUUUUAAUUCGCCACAUUUCCUAGAGGUAAUUGGGCAAUUUUUGUAGCAAGUUUGUAUGACACACACCCUACUUAAUAUUUCGGAUUAUGAGUUUUAUAAUUACUAUUUGAAUUAUAACUUAUACAUACCAUGAAUAUUUAAUAAUGUUGUAUUAAGUAUAAUUCCUUUUUUUAUUUAUUAAAGAUUUUGAUAUGA